CGUGCUUGUGUAAAUCACAAACGUGUCUGCUGCACGAGUAACAAACAUGUCAAUUGUGAACAAUCCAAGCUAUGAAUAAGUUAUUACUAUUUGUUGCCCUUGUUGUGUUUCAUGUCGAUAUAAGCUUACAAGAAUGUCAAACUGAAGUUUCUUACAACGGCCUAACUGUAACAUGGUGGAAAAGCCCACCAGGAAAUAAUAUAGAGUCAGAUCCUAUUUGUUACAAUAAUGAUCAAAUUGUCACCCGAAACUGUACGGGAUCUGAAUGGAAACCGGAACUUGAUGAAAUUAUGUGCUCUAAAGUCGUCCAGUAUUUCAACCUAUCGACAUGUCCUCCCGGCUAUCACAGGAUUUCCGAUAAUAAUGAUUACUGCUACCAAGUUCAUCAAAAAUCAGCCUGGAAUUUUCCUUGCUACGAAAGCGGAGGUGCAUCUGUCAUAACCGACUUUGAUAAAACGGAAAUCGAUUCUUUACUACAGUCAUUGAUUUCUUAUAAUUUCUCGCAAUACUUCUGGUUACCGGCACAACGAAUGUCUACAUUUCAACCUCUGACCUGGUAUAUACCUGGAACCAAUUGGGGACGUCACGUGGAGAUAAAUGGGGAAUUACCGUUACGAUCACAAGUUGCAAGGAAUUGUUUACUUCUUGAUAUAAAACGCAGAGAAUUAGUGACCGAAUCAUGCGGCGAACAACAUCCAACAUUAUGUUUCUAUAUUAAUGAUUUACAAUAUCCAGCAAAAUGUCCCGACGGAUAUCAUGCAUUUCGAUUUAUGUCCGACGAUGGAAUAUGUCUCGGCAUAGAAAAAGCUGACACUGAAUCUGGUUUAACUUUUACUCAAUUUAUAGACAGAAAAUGUAACAAACCAAUGGGACACAUAAUUGAAGAUAACUUACGAAGAUUUAUAUUUAAGAAAAUUGCAGAAAUGGACAAUGUUCAUAACGACACCUGGUGUUGGUUUACCAAUAUAAAUAAUUAUGAGAAAAAUGUUUUAGUAAAUAACACAACAAGUGUUUUACCGACUAAUUUUAAUUCUUUUGAAGGAGUUAUAAAUAGUGCUGGUACGUUGAGCUUGUUCAGUACUUUAGUAACAUUAUCAUGUAUGGCUUGUGAAACCGAAAUGAUUUAUGAGCCAGCUGAGUUUCUUUUAGAAUACAAUGAAAUAGAAAACAAGCUUUUCUUGACAGUAUACAAUCCAUCUGGAUUAUGGUUAUACGAUGACAAUGAUAAAGGUAUACAGUGUUUCUCAAAUGCACAAGGAUUUAUAACAAUAAUUGAAGUUAAUGAUUUCCCUUACAUUGAUCUUCGAACUAAAGAUAUCAUUGAUAAAAUGGAAAAAAUUGUGUAUGUUAUUGAUCUUGUCACUGAUAUGUCUGCCCAAUAUUGGUGUGAAGGACACACAAAAAACUUUUCAUUAAUUACAACAGAGAAAAUAAUUGUAAAUCCUCAAGGUAGUCAAGUUCAUGUAUUUGCAUUGAUUUUUCAAAUAAAUUCCCAUAAAAUAGUAGAUUAUUCAGAUAUUAACUAUUUGAUAGAAAAUAUAACUGAAAUAUUUCAGACUGAAAAUACGCUUGUAAUGGAAAUGACCGACAAUAUUGGAUUUAUCGAUUUAGUUAUGCAUUUGCAUAUUGCUAUAAAUAGAACCUAUGAUAAUGAAGCUCAAAAUUUGCAAAUAACUUUAGUCGAUUUGAAAGAAAAAGCUCAUCAAGAGUUUCCAAAAUAUAAUUACACUUUUGUUCAUUUAGCUAGUUCAACAUAUUGCUUGCCUACUAAUUCAUCUGAUUAUAUAACCUUAGACUGGCAACUAACUCCAAUUGGACAAAUUGCCACUCCUGUACAAUUUUGUUUACAAAAAAAUGGACUUCCAGUUAAAAGGUUAUGUAAUGGGUCUUACCUUACAGGUAGUAAGUGGGAUAAUGUUGAAGGUAAAUGCGAUAAAAAUUAUACACCGUCUAACAUAACGACAUUUUUGUAUGAAUUUGUCAAAGGAGAAACAUCUGAAAAUACAACUUCUCGCUUUUUAAUUGAUGGUCUCAAUUUCGUAUUGAGCGACACUGAUAUAAUGAUUCCUGCAGAUAUUUAUUAUUUAUCAAUGUCUUUGCAAUAUAUAUGCAAAGUUCUCCAAUAUAAUCAAUCAAACAUUGAUAUGGGUGAUAUUGAAAAUAUAGCUUGGGUUAUGGACAGAGUAAUGGACGUUGACAAUGGAUCCUUAAAUUUAGCGCAAACCCUUAAUUCGAGUAAUUUUUUAUUAGAUUCUGUAAAGAAUAUAAUUGAAGUACUCGCGGAAAAUAUUUUCUUGAAUAAUAGUCUACUACCAAAAUCCACUUAUCAAACGGCUAUAAAAGACCAAUUUGUUAUUCAAAUAUCUUAUCCAAAAUAUAAUAAUAUAACAGGUUUAGCAAUUUUAAGAACCGGAUUGUCGGAUAAAUUUACAGAUAUGGAAGUUAUGCCAUUAUAUGCAAACUCAAUAAUAGAAGAUAUUUUGUCAAUUGAUAACUUAGAAAUAGCUGCAUGGUUACCGUAUAAUGUGUUGAAAAAUCUUAAGGUCAUUUCUAAUGACAGUAAGUGCAAUGAUGAUGAUUUAAAAAAUUUGCAUAUAAUAAUAAAUGUCUAUCACAAUGAUGUAGUAUUUCAAGAAUUAAGAAAAACCGACCAUGUUAUUAAUAGUCGAAUUAUUGAAAUAUCCGUACCAGGUUUUGUAACAAAUUUAGAAUAUCCCAUCCCUCUUAUAUUCAGUAACAUAAAUAAAACAGAUACAUUUAGGUUUUGUAGUUUUUGGGAUUUUGAGAAUUCUAAAAUUGGUAGAAUUCCAGGACAAUGGGCUACCCGUGGGUGCUAUGCUCUUGAAAUGUCUAAUAAUUUAACAUUGUGUAAAUGUUACCAUUUGACACACUUUGGUCAGCUAAUUGAUAUUAAACAUUACUUUUCUGACGAAACUUCGCCUGUUAAUAAAACGCACGCAGAAGUUUUAAACAUAAUAACUUUAGUUGGUAGCUUUCUGUCACUAUUAGGCGUUAUUGGUAUAUGGGUAACAGCUUUGGUUUUUGAUGUUUGGAGAAAAAAGGCAGGAACAAAAGUAUUGUUACAACUUUCUACAGCUAUUGCUUUGCCAUUAGUUUUGAUGAUAGUAUUUAAUCUUGACAGUAAAAUUUUCAAGGAAUAUGACGGAAAACAAGUUGUUGCGUCUCAUAUGAGAAUCGUUUGUAUUGUUUUGGGCGCAUUGCUGCAUUAUUCUGUAUUAGCCAAUUUUAUGUGGAUGUUGAUUACAGCUACAUUACAAUUUGUUCGCUACGUGCGAGUUCUAGGGGUAUCGCGACCGUCUCGCUUCAUGAUAAAAUUCACAAUCUUAGGUUGGGGUGUUCCGUUUAUUCCAGUUUUGAUAACGUUAAUAUUCAGUCAUGCAAACUAUAUCCCAGAUCCAUCAAUAGACCAUCGAAUAUGUUAUCCUAAAGGUUCUUACUUUAUGAUGGGAGUCGUUCUUCCAAUUUGUAUAAUACUGUGUGUUAAUAUUGUCAUGUUUGUGCUGGUAAUAAGAGCGAUAGCACAAUGUCCUGACAUGAGAAUACCAGAUAAAACCUUGAUUUGGGCACAGUUAAGGGUAUCUAUUUUAUUAUUCUUUUUGUUAGGUCUAACUUGGAUUUUCGGAUUUUUCUCAUUUUCUAACAACUAUAUUUGGUCUUACCUCUUUUGUCUGACUUCGACCAUUCAAGGAUUUGUAUUGUUUAUGUAUUUUGUAAUUUGUGAUCCUUCUACCAGAAAUCUAUGGGUUACAGUAAUCAAACCAGAAUUUUCACAGAAUUCUUCCAGAAAAUCUGUUAUGAGUAUUAGCAGUGGCUGAUUUAUUAAAGAACAUUUUUAUUUGUCUAUUGAUAAUAUAGUUAUUGUAUAUUAACUUAUUAUUGUUAAGGUUUAAUAGAUUAAUUUUGUACAUGUAAUUUGCCCAGCGCCGGGACAGUACCUAUAAUAUAAAAAUAAACAUGUUGUAAAUUUCUUUACUUAUUAAUAUUCUAGACUGUAUUAUCACCGCCCGAAAAUGUCACUAAUAGAUGGAAUGGAAAUUGUAAUUUUUCUUUCUUAAAGAUAAAUACGGUCGAAUUGAGAACCAUCUCCUUUUUUGAAGUCGGCUAAAAAGUACUUUUUAUAUUGUUAUUUUAAGGCAUUCAUAGAAAAAAGAAGUACAUUGCGUCUACGAGACCCGAUGACUCGACCCCUGAGUAAGCUUAAAAAAUUGUAAAUAAUAAUUUUAAGUCAUAAAAUAUUUUAUCUGAAUAGAUUGGUAUUGUAGCACCUGUAAUAUCUUUAAAAAUGUGAAGGAAGAACAUUUUAACGUUCUUAUUUUGAAGCAGCGGCAAAGUACGCUGGUUCGAAUCAGCCCAGUGUGAUAAUGAAGUGCAACCAAAACAAUCAAAAGGUUAUAUUUAUUUGAUAUAGAAAUCCUACAUAAUAAUUAUACAUAAGAAGGUAAUUUAUGCAGCUUUUAGACAAUGGCGUCAAAUAUUUUAUAUUUCAACUCUGAAAGCACUUAUUUAAUGUUAAUAAUGAGUAGAUAAAUUUAGAUGGGAAAAGAUCACGCUAUUAAAUUUAAUGAAAAAUAAUACUUCUAUACUUAGCUAAGCUUGUAGAAGAACUAAGUAGAUAUUAAGUAUAUUAUGCAAAUAUAUAUAAAAUUAAGUCACUUUACCAGAAGUUUAGGUGAAAUAUAAUAUUAAACAUACAUAUAAGAAAUAAUUGCAUAAUAUAAACUGUUAUUUAAGUUGAAUAAGAAGCAUAUUUUUAGAUUGAUAAAAUAAAUGUAUAAACCACAUAUUAUGUUAUGUUUUCCAAAUUAUACUUAACAAAACGGAAGAAAAGGAUACGACCCCAUUGAUGACCUCUGAUUCCUGUAAUCUUCCGAAUAAAACUACUGGGAUUUUCCAUUCAAAUAAACUUACUAGUAAGAACACUAAGAAUUUUUAUUCCACUAGACUUACGAGUUAUACAAAUCAAUAAAUGACCCUUAUAUUGUUUAUUUUUAAAUACAUAUUAGUAUAAAUAUAACUCAUCCCCUACUUAUACAGACCCACCAUGCCUUGAAGGUCAAUUAUUUGUGAGUGUAGCAUUGUAGUAUUUAAUUGUAUCAGUGAAUAAAUUGUUAAU